AAAUGGUAGGUUAAGUAAAUAAUACCAAAAACCAAUGGCAUUUCCAUUAAACCAAGCCACACAAUAAAAUCCCCCCAAACACACAUCACUACUCGCAUGCUUGAUGUUUCUCCCUGCUACAGUACUUACUACUCUGCCCCUAGUGCUACUUCAUUACUCUGCCCCCAAUUUUUUAAUAUUCACUCAUUGUUUCUCCUUCCUCUCGAAAAAACAGGGGAAGAAGGUGGUAGGCAGAAUCUGAAUAAUAAAAACAACUCGGUGAAGCGUGUUCAAUGAGAGGCAGAGAAAAUAAAGAGUAAUGGUGGGAGUUUGUGAGGGAAACGGCGAGGUUUUGGCAUGGCUGAAAUCGAUGCCGGUGGCGCCGGAGUACAGGCCGAGCGCGGCGGAGUUCCAGGAUCCAAUCGGGUACAUAUUCAAGAUCGAGAAGGAAGCUUCAAAGUACGGAAUCUGCAAAAUCAUCCCUCCCUUCCCACCUUCUUCCAGGAAAACCGCAAUCGCCAACCUCAACCGCUCACUCGCGGAAGCCGGCUCCACAUUCACCACGCGCCAGCAGCAGAUCGGGUUCUGCCCCCGCAGGCCCAGGCCAGUCCAGCGUCCCGUCUGGCAGAGCGGCGAUCGCUACACCUUCAGCGAGUUCGAGUCCAAGGCCAAGUCCUUCGAGAAGACAUACCUCAAACGCCACUCCAAGAAGGGCUCGGGCUCCGGCUCGGGCCUGGGCCCGUUGGAGACGGAAACGCUGUUCUGGAAAGCCACGCUGGACAAACCCUUCUCCGUGGAAUACGCUAAUGACAUGCCUGGCUCGGCGUUUUCUCCGAAAUGCCGGCGCACAGGGGAUCCCAGCUCACUGGCGGACACUCCGUGGAACAUGAGAGCGGUUUCAAGGGCCAAAGGUUCGCUCUUACAGUUCAUGAAAGAGGAGAUUCCGGGCGUUACUUCCCCUAUGGUCUACGUUGCCAUGCUCUUCAGCUGGUUCGCGUGGCACGUCGAGGACCAUGACUUGCACAGCUUGAAUUACCUCCACAUGGGCGCCGGCAAGACCUGGUACGGCGUCCCCCGCGACGCCGCCGUCGCUUUCGAGGAAGUCGUUAGGGUUCACGGCUACGGCGGAGAGAUCAACCCGCUCGUUACUUUUGCUAUUCUAGGUGAGAAAACCACAGUGAUGUCGCCUGAAGUAUUUAUUAGUGCAGGCGUUCCAUGCUGCAGGUUAGUACAAAAUGCCGGGGAAUUUGUUGUGACAUUUCCAAGAGCCUAUCACACAGGGUUUAGUCAUGGUUUUAAUUGCGGAGAGGCAGCGAACAUUGCAACACCUGAGUGGCUGAGGUUUGCUAAAGAUGCUGCUAUUCGGAGGGCUUCACUAAAUUAUCCUCCCAUGGUUUCACAUUUCCAGUUACUUUAUGACCUUGCCUUAGCUUUGUGUUCUAGAAUUCCUGCGGGCAUCAGUGCUGAACCUCGUAGUUCUCGUCUUAAAGAUAAGAAGAAGGGUGAAGGAGAAACUGUAAUUAAAGAACUAUUUGUCCAGGAUGUCCUACAGAACAAUGAUCUGCUUCAUUUUCUUGGGCAAGGAUCAGCUGUAGUACUUCUUCCUCGUAGCUCUGUUGACAUUUCUGUUUGCUCAAAAUUACGUGUUGGAUCCCAGCAAUCUAUUAAUGUAAGCAAUUCUGAGGGAAUGCAUUCUUCAAAAGGUUUUGUUUCUGAUGAUCUGGCAUUCAACAGGAGUCAUGGAAUCAAGCAAGGAAAAAGUUUCUAUUCUGUGAAAGACAAGUUUAGUACGUUGUGUGAAAGGGACAGGAUUUCCUCUUUUGAUGUAAAUGAUAACAUAAGCAUUUCAAGUUCUAAUCCACUUCAAAGAGACACUGAAAGAGAAACUUGUCAAGGAGAUGGGUUGUCAGAUCAGAGACUGUUUUCAUGUGUCACAUGUGGAAUAUUAAGCUUUUCCUGUGUUGCUAUUGUACAGCCUAGAGAACCAGCAGCUAGAUAUCUUGUGUCAGCUGAUUGCAGUUUCUUUAAUGAUUCGGUUGUUGGUUCUGGAAUAUCUAAAAAUAAAUUUACUAUUGCCCGUGAAGAAGCAAUUAUUCCUGAGCCAAAUAUUUAUACAGGAUGGAUGAAAAAGAAUGUCCAAGAUGGUAUACAUGAUGUUCCUUUUCAAUCUUCUCAGGUUGCUUUAAAUAUGGUAAGUGAAAAUGGCAAUACAGCUCUUGCAUUAUUGGCUUCAGCAUAUGGAAAUUCUUCUGACUCUGAGGAAGAUCAGAUUGCGGUUGACAGUCAUGAAUCAAAUGUGAUAAACUCUGCUUCAGAAAGUUUACUUUCUUACACUCGAGAUUCCCAUGCUAGUCCCAUGACUGCACUUGAUAGGGGAGAUUAUAUUCCUUCAAAGAGUUCCAGCUAUGAGGAUUUUAUACAUCGUAGAUUAGAGUGUUUUGAAAACACAAGGACGGUGGCUAAUUCCACCUCUAAUUGUUCCCAAGAUGCUCAUAAUGCUGAAAGGUCAUUGUCUAACAAUGCUAUGAUGGUUCCCUUUGAUAAUAAAAAAGCUUCGAUGGUGCUACAAUCUGAUGAAGACUCAUCCAGAAUGCAUGUUUUUUGUCUUGAGCAUGCUGCAGAAGCAGAGCAGCAACUUCGCCCAAUUGGUGGAGCCAACCUAUUGCUCCUAUGUCAUCCAGACUAUCCCAAGAUAGAGGCUGAGGCAAAAAUGGUGGCAGAAGAUUUGGGUAUUGAUUACAUGUGGAAGAAUAUUGAAUACAGUCAUGCUUCCAAGGAGGAUGAGGAGAAGAUCCAGUCAGCUCUGGAUAGUGAGGAAGCUAUUCCUGGGAAUGGUGACUGGGCUGUAAAGCUAGGAAUCAAUCUCUUUUAUAGCGCAAAUCUUAGCCGUUCUCCUCUUUAUAGUAAGCAGAUGCCUUACAAUUCUGUUAUAUACUCUGCAUUUGGUUGUAGCUCUCCAGCAAGCUCACCUGUAGAGCCAAAGGUCUACCAAAGAAGGGUCAACAGGCAGAAAAAGAUUGUUGCUGGGAAAUGGUGUGGUAAAGUUUGGAUGUCCAAUCAGGUCCAUCCCCUUUUAGCGAAAAGAGAUUUUGAAGAUAUUGAGGAUGAGAAACUCUUAAUAGGGUUGAUAUUACCUGAUGAUAAAAUUGAAAGAUCAGAAAGUACACCCAAAAGCGAAGCUACUAGCAGAAAAUCAGGUAAGAAAAGGAAAAAGACAGCAGAGAAUGGACGGUUCAGGAAAGGAAGUUAUGCUAACAAAAAUCUACUUUCAGAUAAUUCCACUGAAGAUAAACCCAACUUGCUUCCAAGGAGCAUUCUUCGAAGUAAGAAAGUCAGGCAUGUUGAGAGAGACUGUGCUGCUUUGAAAGGGGGUUAUUCUCCUCCAUAUCAUCAUAGAAAACCUUCAAACAACCAAACAAACUUCACUGAAAGUUAUGCAGUUUCUGAUGAUUCGCUUGAUGAUGAUGAUCACAUGCAGCAAAGGAGGAAUGUUAAAAUUGAAAAGGCUAAAUUUAUGGACAAUGAUGUGGUUUCAAAUGAUACGAUGGACAAUGAUUCUGAUUGGCAGCAGAGGGAAGACGUUAGCAGCAAGCAAGUUGAAGAUACGGAGGGAGAUGCAAUUUCAGAGGAUUCUUUGGAUGUUGGUUCUCUUCAGCUGCAAAGGAAGACUUCCAAAGGCAAGCAUCCAAAAUACAUUGGUGAAGAAGAUAUAAUUUCUGAUGACCAAAUGGAGAGUCAUUUUCAAAAGAGGCAAAAGAGAAUUCCUGAAAGCAGGCAGGGCAAAUACCUUACUGGAAAAGAUAUAAUAUCUGAUGACCAACUAGAGCUGAAAAUGAAGAAGCAGCAACGGAGGAAUCCUAAAAGCAGGCAAGCCAAAUACCUCAAUGAAGAGGAUAUUGCAUCAGAUGACCAAUUGGAGGGCCAUUAUCGUAGAUAUCAAAGAAAGAAUCCUAAAGGCAGACAGGCCACAUGUGUAGCAGGGGAAGAUCAAAUGUCUGAUGACCAAUUGGAGAAUCAUUGUCAGAAGCAGCAAACAAGUUUCUAUAGGAAAAGGCAAAACAAAGGCAUUGAAAGAGAGGUUAAAAAUGAAAUGUCUGAUGACCACUUGGAGGACCAUUUUCUGAAGCAGCAGCAAAGAUUUCCUAAGAGCAGGCGAAACAAACACACUGAUAAAGAAGACACGGAUGACUUAGCUGAGAAUAAUUCUCAUCUGCUGCGUAGAACUCCUAAAAGGAAGCAAGCUAAAUGCAUGGAAGACGAUGAUAUGAAUUCAGAUGAUGAAAUGGAAGAUGAUCAGCAGCUGAGGAGGACUCUCCGAAGUAAACAAGCUAAACCAAAGACACUUCAACAGAUGAAACAAGCUAAUUCCCUCCAAGCGAAAAAGCAGGCAUCUCGGCCCAUAAAACAGUGCUCUCGGAUGCUUGUGAAAUCAAAGGCUCCUCAGCAAAUUAAACAGCCUUCUCAUUUGCCGAAUAAGCAAUCUAAUAACACCCAGGAAUUUAGUUUAGAUAUGGAAGAGGAGGAAGAAGGUGGACCUAGCACACGCCUUAGGAAGAGAGCCACAAAAGCUCAGGAAUCUGAAAGAAAAUUGAAACACAAGCAAACAAAAAGGAAGAAGGUGAAGAAUGCUGCAGCUGCAAAGGUUUCAGUUGGCCAUGCCAAAAUGAAGGAUGGGGAAGCCGAAUAUCAGUGUGAUAUUGAUGGGUGCACUAUGAGUUUUGGGUCAAAACAGGAGCUGAUGCAUCAUAAGAGAAACAUCUGCCCUGUAAAAGGGUGUGGGAAGAAGUUUUUUUCACACAAGUAUCUGGUGCAGCAUCGUCGAGUUCAUGAGGAUGAGCGCCCCUUGAAGUGCCCUUGGAAGGGAUGCAAGAUGACUUUCAAGUGGGCAUGGGCUCGUACAGAGCACAUUCGAGUCCACACUGGUGCACGACCUUAUGUAUGUGCUGAGCCAGAUUGUGGACAAACAUUCAGAUUUGUUUCUGAUUUCAGUCGUCAUAAGCGAAAGACUGGUCAUUCAGCAAAGAAGAAUUGUCAAUAGCAAGUGGAAUAGAUGUUUAAUUGUUAUUUAGCAUGACAUUUUAUGAAUUUUUGAAUCCAUUGCUCAAUUGACCCGGCUAGGACUAGGCGCUAGGAUUUCGUAACAGUUUAGGAUGUCCCUGCAAUUGCCAUUUGUAGUUAUCUGUUAAUUCUGUUUGCCUUUCGGGUCUUCAACCCAUUUGUUUAUUACAAUUAAAGCAAUUGCUUGGAUCCAGAAACAUGAUUCUCAUCGAGUUCAUAUCGCUUGCAAUUGUUGUUCCAACCUUUAUGUCUCUUGAAUCGUGAUUAUUUUAUUGCAAUGCA